AUGCCGCAGCCCACUCACAAUACUGCAAAGCUCCCGCAGCUGCUACUUCAAGAGCUUGGAAUCUCUGGUGGGCAAUAUGGAGGCGUUGGGAAGAAACGCGGCGGCCCUACGAAUAGGAAAGAGCAGAGAAAAGCUGCCAGAGUGCAGAAGAAAUCGGCUCAUGUCCCACUGAGAAAUGCGCGGCCCCUGCGAAGACGGCUGAGUCCCGAGGAUGAAAGUCUAUACUCGGAAGCUCCCACUGCUGUUGAGCAGCCAAAGGUCAAUACGACCUCGGUGCAGCCAAAAGCGCCAAAGUCGAUCUUAAAGAAGCCUAAGCCAAUGGAGGCAAGACCGCAAGCGAAAUCACUAUCGCCAUCUCCACCUCCGCCGAAGAAAUUGUCACGAGGGGUUCAAGACAAGCUUGCAGCUGAUGAUGCGGAGAUUGCAGCGUUGGAGAAGGCGCUGGGGGUAAAGGGAAAAAAGAAACUGCCCAAGUCCUUUGAAGACGAUGGCCUAGAUUCUUUGCUGGAGGGCAUAGAUGAUGCUGUGGGCUUGAAUGAAGGGCGACCAGGAAAAAGAAAGAGAAGUGAAGAAGAUGAAUGGCUGGAGAGAAAGAGGCAGAAAGCACAGGAGAGCAAGCCAAUUAUCGAGGAUCCCAGCAGCAGCGCGUCUUCACAAGGUGAGGACGAAGACAGCGUCAUAGGCAAUGAGGAUGAGGACGAAGAGGAGAAUGAAGAGAAAUUGCAAGGCCAAUUCCACACAGACGAAGACGACGAGUUUGAGUCCUUCGGCGAAGAGGCAGAGCUGCCAUUGCCAUCGAAGACUACACAAAGGAAACGGGAAAAUCCAUAUGUUGCCCCUGUGACCUCUUCUGGUUCUACAGAGGUUAGGAAAUAUGUUCCACCGUCAUUACGAAACAAAGAUGCUACAAAAUCGGAAGACCUCUCGCAACUACGGCGACAGAUACAGGGCCUUUUAAAUCGGUUGUCUGAAGCGAACCUAAUAUCUAUACUUGGUGAUAUGGAAGCUAUAUAUCGCGAUCAUCCUCGCCAACAUGUCACUACCACGCUUCUUGAUUUGCUGAUGGGACUUCUCUCUGAUCCUACCACUCUGUCAGAUACUUUCGUUAUCCUACAUGCAGGCUUCAUUGCUGCACUUUACAAAAUCGUGGGAACGGAUUUCGGUGCCCAAAUCAUUCAGAAGAUAGACGAGGACUUCAGGCAGAACUAUCGUUUGAGUGCAAAUCAAGAUAGGACUGGCAAGAAGCUGACCAACCUAAUAAGCUUGCUUGCAGAGCUGUAUAAUUUCCAGGUUAUCGGCAGCAAACUGAUCUAUGACUUCGUUCGCCUUUUCCUCCAUGAGUUGUCCGAGACAAACACCGAGCUCCUUCUGAAGAUCAUCCGCAACUCGGGCCCACAAUUAAGACAAGAUGAUCCGUCUUCCUUGAAAGAAAUUGUGCUGCAGCUGCAGGCCGCAGUAGCCGACUCAGGGGAAGAGAAGCUCUCUGUUCGAACAAAGUUCAUGAUCGAAACGAUCAACAAUCUUAAGAACAACCGCAUGAAGACAGGCGUCGCUGCUUCGACCGUUACCUCCGAGCACACGACUCGAAUGAGGAAGACCCUUGGAUCUUUGAAUCAGAGAAACAUUAGAGCAAGCGAGCCCCUUAGGAUUGGGCUUAAAGAUCUGCGUCAGACAGACAAGAGAGGCAAAUGGUGGCUAGUAGGAGCAAGCUACAAGGAUGACGAUGCAGAUGAUACCGAGCGAACUGAGCAAGCCUCUCCCGUCCGUGGCAAGAAUAAUGGAGAGGUUGACAGGGCCGGCGUUGCUACCGAUCUGAUACAACUUGCGAAGGAACAGCGGAUGAACACCGAUGUAAGGCGCUCGAUCUUCAUCGCUAUCAUGUCCGCGACGGAUUACAAUGAUGCAUAUAUUCGUUUGAUGAAGUUGUGUCUCAAAAGGAGUCAGGAGUUGGAGAUAUCAAAGGUGCUGAUACAGUGUGCCGGGGCUGAAAAGGUUUACAAUCCGUUCUAUACUUUUUUAUCGAGGCGGGUGUGCUCAGACAAGAAGCUCAAAAUGUCAUUCCAAUUUUCGCUGUGGGAUCUCUUCCAGCAGCUGGGUGAAGGUGAAGACGAGCCUAAAGAAUAUGACGAAGAUGACGAAGGCAAGCUUGGGCUGAGAAGCUUGGUCAACCUAGCAAGGAUGUUUGGAGUAUUGAUUGCAGAGGGCGGGUUGGGACUUGGUGUCCUCAAGAACCUCAAUCUUGCCUAUUUGCAGUCUAAAACUCGGACAUUUGUGGAGAUCUUACUCAUCACGACAAUCCUCCAUUCGCAACAGGGCUUGGACAAAAGCAGGAACGAAAAGGUCUUGUUGGAUAUUUUCCUUAAGCCUAAAGAGAUCCUUGAGAUGGCUAGCGGCCUACGGUACUUUCUGAAGAAAGUGGUUAGUAAAACCGAUGUUGCCGGAAGCAUGGUCGAUCAAGCAAUGGUCAGAUGGGGAUGUAAGGUAGCAUGCGAUGCUUUGUUGGUCAUCGCAACCCACCAGAUCCCGGCUGACGACUAG